GACCGCGGCAGGGGUGCCACAGCAGCGCCUGGCAGCGUGGGCUGAGUCCUCGUUGCUAGAGUAGAGGAGCCACUUCUCCUGGGCCCACGAGGCAGCUGUUCCAUGCUCUGCUGAGCGCGGCACCAUGCCUCUGCCGCUCCUCCUGCUGCUGAGCCUGCUGGGCCCUGGCAGCCGCCUCCAGCUUGUCCGGGGCCAGACAGGGGUGUCCAAGUACUUACACAGAGACGACGUCGACAGAGAAGGCACGGACCUGCUAGAAACGCCUGAAAGCAGCACCAAGACUUUCUCCCUGAGCCCCAGGCUUCUGGCUGUGAUGGGGACACCAGGGCAGAGAGAUUCUACAGGGCCUGGAACUCCUGAGCCAGCCACUCUGGAGGUGGCCACGGAGGACUCUGCUGGCCUGGGGGCAGGAGGGACAGCCGUUGGGAACCUGACCAUGGAACUGGCCACACAGGGGAUUUCUGUCACAAUGGGCCCUCUGACCGAAGGACUGGUCACUACAAACCCUCCCUUCCUGGAGGCUCUAUCCACAGACGGGGCUCAGUCCACAGAGCUGGAUACCCUGGAAGCCCUGUCCACAGGACCAGCAGCCAUGGAGACACUGACCACCCAACCCGCAGCCACGGAGGUCCUGUCCACGGAACCAGCAGCCACGGAGGCACUGACCACCCAACCCGCAGCCACAGAGGUCCUGUCCACGGAACCAGCAGCCACGGAGGCACUGACCACCCAACCCGCAGCCACGGAGGUCCUGUCCACGGAACCAGCAGCCACAGAGGCACUGACCACCCAACCCGCAGCCACAGAGGUCCUGUCCACAGAACCAGCAGCCACGGAGACACUGACCUCCCAACCUGCAGCCACGGAGGUCUUGUCCACGGGACCAGCAGCCACGGAGGCACUGACCACCCAACCCGCAGUCACGGAGGCCCAGUCCAUAGUUCUGGCCACCACCAGCUUCAGAGGAAAAAGCCAGACUGUUUCCCUGUUGACGUCUACGGUCCCCAACCCCACAGUGGCCUGGGACCACAUCCCGGUGAAGCAGUGCCUGCUGGCCAUCCUUAUCCUGGCCCUGUUGGCUACCAUCUUCCUUGUGUGCACCGUGGUGCUGGCUGUCCGCCUCUCCCGCAAGAACCACACAUACCCCGUGCGCAGUUACUCCCCCACCGAGAUGGUUUGCAUCUCAUCCCUGCUGCCCGAGGGGGGCGAGGGGCCCACCACCACGGCCAAUGGGGGCCUGCCCACCCCCAAGGGUCGGGGCCGAAAGGCGAGGCCCGGCGAGGACCAUGACGGGGACGACCUCACCCUGCACAGCUUCCUCCCUUAGCUCCCCCAACCCAUCCUCCUGAGCAGGACCCUGCCUCCUCGCUCCCUCCGUGGCCCACCGAGCCACCAGCCAGCAUUCAGGCUCAAUUCCACAGGUCUGGGCUUCCUCGGAGCUCCCUGGGGUUGGGCACCCUCAGGACUGGGCCCCUGCCCACUGCCGCACACGGGACUGAGAACAGGCAGAGCAGGCCUGGCACGCAGAGCUGCCCCCCCGUCCUGAAUCCAGUGGGGGCUGGCGAGACUCCCUCCACCUCCCUGCCUCCCGUCUGUUCGGGGCGCCCUCCAGCACCCCCGCUGCUGUCCUCCCCUCUCCUGGCUUCUGGGCCUCGUCCGCGUGCACCCAGGGAGGACUCGGAGUCCCCCGCCCUGACUCCCAUUUUCUUCUGGUCGCCGUGGUCACCCACAGGAAGGGGGCAUUCAGGAGGAGUGCUAGGCCCCGGAGGCCAUGUCCUGCCGCUCCCCUAUUUGGGGCAGCCUGGGUUUUCUUGGGCGGCUCCCCCGGUCUCAGCCUGUGAGGACUGCGGCGAGUCUGGAGACCCCAGGGCUGCCCCCUUCUUCGGGACUGUGUGGACCCACGAGGGCCAUCUGCUGACAGAGCAACCCCCUCCUGCCCCCUCUCGCCUUCCCCUGCAGCCACGUUUCGGGGUGGGCUCUGUCUGGUUCACAGAGCCACCCCACUGCCCGGCCCAUCCUCCGACGCAGAGCAGACACCCAAUAAAUAUUGAUGGUUGA